AAUUGGCUUUUUCACCAGAGGGCCAGAAGCAAAAUUUGGAUGAAGUGAACUAACCAAGUUGCCGUCAUGAGCAGGAGCAAGCGUGACAACAAUUUCUACAGCGUUGAAAUUGGAGACUCAACUUUCACCGUAUUGAAACGGUAUCAGAAUUUGAAACCAAUAGGAUCAGGAGCACAAGGGAUAGUAUGUGCAGCUUAUGAUGCCAUCCUUGAGCGGAAUGUUGCAAUCAAGAAGUUAAGCCGACCGUUUCAGAACCAAACGCACGCUAAAAGAGCCUACAGAGAGCUUGUUCUUAUGAAGUGCGUUAAUCACAAAAAUAUAAUCGGCCUACUGAAUGUGUUCACACCUCAAAAAUCCCUGGAAGAAUUUCAAGAUGUCUACAUAGUGAUGGAGCUCAUGGAUGCAAAUCUCUGCCAAGUGAUUCAGAUGGAGCUGGACCAUGAACGAAUGUCCUAUCUUCUUUAUCAAAUGCUGUGUGGUAUCAAACAUCUUCAUUCAGCUGGGAUUAUUCAUAGGGAUUUAAAGCCCAGUAAUAUAGUAGUAAAGUCAGACUGCACUUUGAAGAUUCUUGACUUUGGACUGGCCAGAACUGCAGGAACUAGUUUUAUGAUGACGCCUUAUGUAGUGACUCGUUACUACAGAGCACCAGAGGUCAUCCUAGGGAUGGGAUACAAAGAAAACGUUGACAUUUGGUCAGUUGGGUGCAUCAUGGGAGAAAUGAUCAAAGGUGGUGUUUUAUUUCCUGGUACAGAUCAUAUUGAUCAAUGGAAUAAAGUUAUAGAGCAGCUAGGAACACCAUGUCCCGAAUUUAUGAAGAAAUUACAGCCUACAGUCCGAACUUAUGUGGAGAACAGACCUAAAUAUGCUGGAUAUAGUUUUGAAAAACUCUUUCCAGAUGUCCUUUUCCCAGCUGACUCCGAACACAAUAAACUUAAAGCAAGUCAAGCAAGAGAUUUGUUAUCAAAAAUGCUGGUUAUAGAUGCUUCUAAAAGAAUCUCUGUGGAUGAAGCCCUGCAGCACCCAUACAUCAAUGUUUGGUAUGAUCCAUCAGAAGCAGAAGCUCCUCCACCAAAGAUACCAGAUAAGCAGUUAGAUGAGAGGGAGCACACGAUAGAAGAGUGGAAAGAGUUGAUAUACAAGGAAGUCAUGGACCUGGAGGAGAGAACCAAGAACGGGGUUAUACGUGGCCAACCAGCCCCUUUAGCACAGGUGCAGCAGUGAUCAAUGGCUCUCAACACCCAUCUUCAUCGUCAUCUGUCAAUGAUGUGUCUUCAAUGUCAACAGAUCCAACAUUGGCCUCUGAUACAGACAGCAGUCUAGAAACCUCAGCUGGACCUCUGGGUUGCUGUAGAUGACUACUUGGUCUUUUGGGGGGUGGGAGGGGGGUCCUUUUAGUCAUUAAUAGGGCACUUUUAAAAAUUGGUGGUAUUUUUGAGUGUUUUUUCAAAAAUAAUCAUGGAGUUCAUCAUAAAGUGCUGUAAUUUCAAACUGUAAGUUGUGUUAUAAGCAGCCACUUUUUUGCUGUAAUUAACUGUAAAAUAUUAAACCUGGUAAUUUUUAUUGUGGUUUUAAAAUCUGCAUAUUUGCUUUACUAUUAUGCUGCUGAUCUUUUUUUACUGAAUUUGUAAGAUUUGUUUUAUCAAAGCACAUAUUAAUGUUGUUCAUUACCAUAUGAUGAAUUAUUUAAGAUUUUAUAGGUUUUCAAUUUUUUAAUUAGAAUUUAUUCCAGAUGUUUUGUUCAUGAUAUCCUUCAAAGUUUUAUGCUUGGUCAUAAAUCUGUGUCCAGGUGGAGGGGGAGAGAAUUCCGUGCAGCCAGCUGUAGUUUCAGGCAUACUACUGUGGUGCUGGGUAGUGAACAAAAUCCUCUUUUAUUCUGGCCACUUGCCUCUAGUACUUCAGCAAAAGCAACAAUUAGUGAGGGGGUUUUUUUAGAGAAACAGAAAAAAACCUUUGCAAAGUAACAAUAUCUGAAUGGGUUUAUGAACUUAAGAGAGCAAAGCAUAUCUUCAAAGCUGCAGAAAUAUCCAGCCUAGCAGAGUAAUGUGAUGUUUUCUGCAGAGUUGUGGCAUGCCAAAUCUUGUGAUCACCAUAAAACAUGAGGAUAUUUCAUGAAUAAUACAUUGCAAUGCCAAUAAACUGUUUACUUCUA